AUCUUCUUCUUUUCUUUUUUAGUUUAUCUUCUUCCUUCUGUUUCAAUGUCAAAUAUCAAAGUUGAUGAAGGUAACGGCUUCUCCUCUGAAGCUCAACACAGCUUCCAUGGCUCCAACUCUUUGCUUCCGACUAACAGCAACGCCUCGACUGCUCCGAAAGACCAACCGCACACGGUGCCUCCGCCUGCGAAGAAGAAACGGAGCCUCCCGGGCACUCCUGAUCCAAAUGCAGAAGUGAUUGCUUUAUCACCAAAGUCACUUCUAGCCACGAAUCGAUUCGUGUGUGAAAUCUGCAACAAAGGGUUCCAAAGAGAUCAGAACCUUCAGCUCCAUCGUCGGGGCCAUAAUCUGCCAUGGAAGCUGAAGCAAAGAACCACAACUGAGAUUCGGAAAAGGGUUUACGUUUGCCCGGAGCCUUCGUGCGUACACCACAACCCGGCUCGAGCACUAGGCGAUCUCACGGGGAUCAAGAAACAUUUCUGUCGAAAACAUGGCGAGAAGAAAUGGAAAUGCGAUAAGUGUUCGAAGAAAUAUGCCGUGCAAUCUGAUUGGAAAGCUCAUUCGAAGACCUGUGGCACAAAGGAAUACAAAUGUGACUGUGGCACCAUUUUCUCCAGAAGGGACAGUUUUAUAACGCAUAGAGCUUUUUGUGAUGCCCUAACCGAAGAAAACAACAAAGCAAGCCAAGAACUUGUAGUACCAAACAGUGGACCGACAAAUCUACAAGGCCAAGUUAUUGCCGCUGCCGCUGAUCAACUCAUACCUGCAAUUCCCAUCAAUAACAAUCCCAACAUAUCAGAUCCAUUCGGCAAUGACACUAAAAGCUCUUUGCAGCCGUUAAACAUGGCGGGGACCAUGUUUUCAAACGGUCACGGAAGCCUGUUCGGUGGAGUGAAACCCGGCAAUCUUCCGUUGACGAGGUUAUUUGACGGAAACAGCGGUCACCUCUUUUCCGGCUCGGCCUCCGUGUCCGCCACUGCAUUGUUGCAGAAAGCAGCUCAAAUGGGUGCAACCGCAAGUAGCAGCAGCCUCAACACUCCGUUGAUUAACCAAAGUUUGGUCACCACAAGUACCAUGGCACCACCAUCGUUUGUUUCAAUGCAAACUCGGGAUAACAACAAUCAAUCGGAUUUUUUCAAUGCAAAUGGAGGGAUUGAUCAAAUUUUUUCCGGGAUUUUCGAGCAAAACAAUGCAAGUAGUUUUGGUUUAUCAGGUUUCAGUGCUGAUAUGAUGACUGUUGAUUUCUUAGGGAUUGGGGGAUCGAGACCGACGAAUGUACUUGAGAAACAGCAUCAUCAGCAGCAGCAACAACAAGAUUUGGAUCAGUUGGGAGGAAUUGGGGAAGGUAGGGUUCUAGGGUUGAGUCAUUUUCAGCAACAUGCAGUGUUGGAGAAACCAAUGUGGAAAGUUUAAAAA